GACUGAUCGAGCGACCACGUCAACAGCUGAGAUAAAAUGGCUGAAGAGAACAGAACCAUUACGCAUGAAUAAAAAGACGGGUUGACAAAGUUUCUGGGGGGGAAAUAGAUUCAAGAAAACUAGCAGUUCACUGACAUCGUCCUCCAUUUCCCCAGUGGAUAACAGGAAGGCAUUACUGUAGCCCUGAGCCACAGCUGCUUACUGUGUAGUUACAGUUAAAGCAGGAUUUGUGACUCUGUAGUUUUGCCUAUUUCGCCGAUUUUAUUUUCUGUUUUCUGAUUGGCACAGUUGUUGAGAUAUUUAUUUAUUUUUGCAAGGCGAUGUGUUUUACCAGCUAGAGGGAAAAGGCAAAGCGAAGUUUUUGGAUUUGUUUAAAGAUUAACUUCGGAGAAUGGCGAGUUGGCACGAUACACUCCUGGAGCUGAUGCUUUUAUCUGCACUCUGGCUGUGUGCUCGAGGUGGGGCGCCGAGGGGAGACUUGAAUCCUGAGGCAUGGCUUCAGCAGUAUGGGUACCUUCCUCCAGGUGAUCUUCAUAUACAAGGACCACGUUUACCCCAAUCUAUUUCCUCGGCUGUUGUUUCAAUGCAAAGAUUAUAUGGCCUAACUGUCACUGGACGCUUGGACUCUACCACACUGGAGGCAAUGAAGAGGCCUCGCUGUGGUGUUCCAGAUAAGUUUGGAGCAGAGCUUAAGAGCAACUUGAGAAAGAAACGAUAUGCUAUCCAGCGACUGAAAUGGGAAAAGACGGAUAUCACUUUCUGCAUCCAGAACUACACACCUAAGAUUGGGGAGUUUGAGACCUAUGAGGCAAUCAGAAAAGCUUUUAAAGUGUGGGAGAGUGUCACCCCUUUACGAUUUCGGGAAAUCCCUUACAGUCACAUUAAGUACAAGACUUCUGACUUUGCAGACAUUAUGAUCUUUUUUGCUGAGGGAUUUCAUGAUGACGCCAGUCCAUUUGAUGGUGAGGGUGGGUUUUUAGCACAUGCCUACUUUCCUGGUAAUGGCAUGGGAGGAGACACACACUUUGAUGCUGCAGAGCCCUGGACAAUUGGAAAUCGAGAUUUGUGGGGUAAUGAUGUUUUUCUGGUGGCUGUGCAUGAGUUGGGUCAUGCAAUGGGUAUGGAGCACUCAAGUGACCCCUCUGCCAUCAUGGCACCUUUCUACCAAUGGAUGGACACAGACAAUUUUGAGCUUCCAGAGGAUGAUCGACGUGGCAUCCAGCAGCUUUAUGGACCCAACCCCGACGGCCAUCCUCAACCUUCACUUAGUCCCAACAUCCCUCCCCAUAACCCUUAUCCCACUCCACGCAAGCCAGAAGUACCUCACUUUGGCCCUGAUAUUUGUGAGGGCCACUUUGACACCAUUACUAUUCUAAGAGGAGAAAUGUUUAUCUUUAAGAAUAAAUGGUUCUGGCGUGUUCGUAAUCAACGGGUUAUGGAAAAUUAUCCAAUGCCUAUUGGACAUGUUUGGAGAGGUCUACCUACAUCAAUUGAUGCUGCUUAUGAGAGAGAGGAUGGCAAAUUUGUCUUUUUUAAAGGUGAUAGACAUUGGGUAUUCAGUGAAGCAAAUUUGGAGCCAGGCUACCCCAAGACAUUGGCAGCGAUGGGCAGAGGCCUUCCUCGGGACAGAAUUGAUGCUGCUCUUUUUUACACACCUACAGGCAAUACCUAUUUCUUUAGAGGAAAAAAAUAUUACCGAUAUAAUGAAGAGUUACGAACAGUCGACGCAGGUUAUCCUAAACCAACCAGCAGGUGGCAGGGUGUCCCAGAUGAUGUCAAAGCAGCUUUUGUGAGCCGAGACCAAAGUUUCACAUAUUUUUACAAAGCCAAUAAAUACUGGAAAUUCAACAAUCAGCUGAUGAAAGUGGAGCCUGGUUACCCCAAAUUUGCCUUAAGUGACUGGCUCAACUGUCCAGAAGAGGACUUUGAGACAGACAAAGGUCGAGAAGAUGGUGGCAGUGAUGACCGUAAUCAUGAUAAAGAGAAUAAUGAAGAUGAGGACAAAGUGGAAGUGGAGAAGACAGAAGUCAUUGUCAUUGAGGUGGACAACACUCACAGUGUAGUGAAAGCAGUAGUGGUGUCACUUACGCUACUGGUGUGUUUAAUUUGCACUUUGGGAGCCUUGAUUUUUUUUCGCAAGUAUGGCACUCCACGUCAUCUACUCUACUGUCAGCGUUCCUUACUAGACAAGGUGUAGAGAGGUGAAGUAUGGAGAGGAGAUUGAUGAUAACAGUACAGGAAAUAAUAUAAUAUGUACUGUAUAGUACAUUUUAUAUUAUUCCCAUGCUUCAAAACUGUUGAAUUUGGUUUUGCUACUACUACUAAUAAUAAUAAUAAUAAUAACAAUAAUAAUAAACAAAGGUUUGGGAUAUUUUUCUGCACAUACAAAUUUUUCGGUCUUAUACAAAUAGACUUUAGACUCAUGUCUCUGGACACAAGAACCUUUUGACAACAAGCCUUAAGUGGACCUUUAGUAGGCCAACAGACUAGUAUAUGGUAUAUCAAGCAGUAAAGGAAAUAUGCUAGUUUGUUUCUGCACGUGAGAUAUCUUUAGUCUGGCAACACUGACACAAAUGUUUAAAAAGUCUAAAAAGAUUCUAGAAAGUCUAGAAAGAUUAAUGAAGUAACAAUUUGUCUGAAAACAAGUUAGUGAUUAAGCGUGACAUUUCCUAAAAGUUAAUAGACCUAUCUUAUCCUCACCCCAAAAUCUAAAUUUUUUUUUUUUUUAACUUUACUCUUGAGAAAAAUCUAGACCAGGUGUGGAGAAAAUGAGAGUUUGUGUCAGUGCAUACUGAUGUAAUUCAACAUUCCACCGAUCGGUGCUCAAUAAAUUUACCAAACUUGCUCAAACAUACUUUAACAUAAUACUAGGGAUACAAAAAAAGGCUUAAAAUCCCCAUUUUUUAAAAUAAAAACUAACUCUUAACAACCAAAGGACAAAUAACAAUAAAAAAAAAAUACAAUACAGAGGAAUCAUUAAACAUUAUUAUUAUUAUUAUUAUUAUAAAAAAACACACACAUAGUGCACAAUAGUAACCUUAAAGACAUUAGGGUGACAUGUUUAACACAUGGUGCAUUUUUUAUUAAAUUCUGUAUAGCACUAAAAAAUAGUGUAUUCCUAAUGAGCUAAAGGGGAAGGAAAAGCUUUAAGAUGACAUGUGGAAGAAACCUUGCGAGGAGCCAGGAUCAAAAGGGAACCAUCCUUAUUAUGAUAACUGCGUGCUCUAAGGUCUAAAGUGCCUUUGUAUGACAGAAAAUGCAUUUUAGUUCACAUGAAGUCGACUUUGUUUAUGUUACCAGCUGUUCACUAAUGCACUGGUACAAAACAGUUUGUGGCAAUUUUAGUCCUGCUUAGUCAAGAUUUAUGUAGCCUAUAGUUUUGAGCCCAAAACUCCACACUACAUACUACAUAAGUUUUUGCAGUUUCUGUGUAAAUUUGCUUGCAUGUAUUUUUUAAACCAGUAUUAUUAUUAACAGAAAUUGUACAAUAAACAAAUGUGAUUAUAAAUAACAUUUUGCGAUUGCUUAUAAUCAGUUUAAUCAUAGUUGUAUUAUAUUUAUGAGACAUGUUAAUUGUAAUGUUUUUGUCAGAUAGAAAAAAAAACAUUGUUUCCUGGCAAAAUAAAACCACUAAAACCUAAUAUGUUACUGUACAUUCUAAGAAAUAGAAUGCAAUGUUUACUUUUCUAAGUCCAACAAAACUUUUAACUAGCAUAUUCAUUGAUGCCUACUAAUUAUUUUUUCCUUUUUAAAGCCAUAGUGUAGUUGUGGUUAUUUGUCUGUCUUUUUCUAAUUUCUAAUUGUGAUGUUCUAAUUGUUAUGGUUUUUUACAAAUCAUGAUCAUUGAUUUUACUUUCCAAUUUAUUGUUACAAUUGCUGACAAAUGUAGCUUAUUCUUUCAUACAUGGUAUUCGUGUUGAAUUUUAAUGUUUUGAGUAUACAAAAUUUUAGUAUUUUUUAUAUUUGUGAGUAUACUAGGUCUUUUCUACGGCUUUUUUUCAAUACUCCUUAAUAUUGAACUGUCUUCACCAUAAUGCAGUUGUUGAUUUCAUGAUUAUUAUUACCUGUAUUAACGUUCCUCUCCACUAAAUUGAAUAUGUUUUGCUAUCAUUGUUAAUAAUAGGAUGUCCUGCUGGACAGGCAAAAGCCAUCAUGCAGUGGCCUUAAUUUUUUUCUGAAUUUGAGAUAAUAAAUAAAUUAAAGACAAAGACUGUGUUCACAGUUCUUCACACAA